AUGGCAAACGCAUUGUUCAGUAGUUCUUCUGUUCUUGAAGACAAAUCUAUUAUUACCACACGCAAAAAUUCUCGUACAGGUUCACUUGCUGACCAUUCGAACACAUCACAUGGAGGAAGCUUUUCAAUGUCGCAUGUAUCACCUAUGGUUCAUGCACCAUUUAUUUCUGAGGCUCUAGCUGAAGCUCGUGCUGGUCUUGCCGAAGGUGGAAUACCGAUUGGAUGUGUACUUGUUCGCAAUAAUCAAGUGAUUGCACGUGGACAUAAUCGUCGUAUUCAACGUGGUUCAGUUAUUCUACACGCGGAAAUGGAUUGUCUUGAAUCAGCUGGCCGACAAACAGCAGCAUUUUAUAAAGAAUGUAUACUUUAUACAACGUUAUCUCCAUGUGCUAUGUGUUCAGGUGCUAUUCGUCUUUAUGGCAUUCCUCGAGUAGUAAUUGGUGAAAAUAAAACAUUUCAUGGCGAUGAAACCCUACUUAAAACACAUAAUGUACAUAUUGAUAUACUGGAUUCGAAAGAAUGUCGCGAACUACUUGACAAUUAUAUUAAGGAACAUCAUUCAAUUUGGAAUGAAGAUAUUGGUCGUGAUCAACAGUGA